UUUGUAACUACAGCGACUUCUUCAUUUAAUCGUUGUGUCUGCGACAAUUAACUCUUGAAACCUGAAACCUGAGUGUGCGUGUGCACGGCCGUGCACGGCCUCAGGGCUGAUGAUGUCAGGAAAGUGAAACUCAAGGACUCAGGAGCAGGUUCUUCAUCACUCUCUCACCGGGAUCAUCACUCUCUCACCGGGAUCAUCACUCUCUCACCCGGGAUCAUCACUCUCUCACCGGGAUGGGGGUGCAGGGCCUGACCUCGCUGCUGGACACUGACCGGAGGAUCUACCGGGAGCUGGAGCUCCGGAGGAAGCGGCUGCUGGUCGACGGCUCUAACCUGCUGUUCCCACUCUACCUGACAGGUCUGGACCAGAAUCACGGUGGGGAUUAUGCUGCCUUUGAGGAAGAGAUUGAGAAGUUUGUCAGCGCCCUCAGACUCUGUGAGAUCGAGCCAUACGUGGUGAUGGACGGAGGCGCAGACGCCACCAACAACAAGCUUGAGACCAUGAAGCAAAGAGCUGAGGACAACAUCAGGAAGUGCCACCAGGCAGCAGUGGAGGGCACGGAGCAGGGAGUCCUGCCUCUGUGCAGCAGAAUGGUGUUCGUGCAGACGCUGGAGCGGCUCAAGGUCCCGCUGGCCCAGUGCUACGGAGAAGCCGACCAGCAGAUCGCCGCGCUAGCCAGCGAGUGGCAGUGCCUGGUGCUUUCCAAUGACAGUGACUUCUUCAUUUUCAGUCUCCCGGCAGGACUGCUGCCCAUCCGUCAUUUCCAGUGGAAGUCACUGGAGCUGAGCGGCUCGCGCUGGUACAUCCCCUGUAAGAGCUACCACACGUCCCACCUCUGCAGCUCCUUCAACAUCGGGUCACAGCUCCUACCCACCUUCGCCGUCUUGGCGAAGGUGGGUAGUAUCAGAUGGGCUGAUUCUGAUCCAACAAGGGAGGGGGGACCAAAUCGCCUCAGAGGUCUGCUCUCCUGGUUGAGCAGCUUCCUGACGCCUCAGGCGGGGCUGGAGGCAGCGCUGGGGCUGAUGGAAAACCUGAGCAGCCAGAGAAAGGAGGAGGUGCUGCAGAACCUGACUCUGGAGAUGGAGAUGUACCAGCUGCCUCCCAGCUCCCUGGAGAGUUUCUUCAUCCAUGGGAUCACACCAGUGAUUCCAGCAGUGGGAGAAGAAUUACAAGUUGUUAAAAGACAAUGUCCUGUCCUCCCUGAGGUGGGGGUUCGUGUCCCGGACUGGAUGCGGCGUCCUCUGAUGCAGGCCCAUCUGUCUGGAGACAUCUUGAAUGUUCUGCAGCUGCACAGAAAGGGCCUCAGCAUGCCGGUCGACCACGGAGACAUGCCCAGCGCUGCCCUGACCUCCAGGCCGCUCCGCCAGCUGCUGUACGGGCUGCUGCUGGGCAGAGACACUCGUCUCCUGGUGGAGGAGUGGGACAGAGACGGCCUCAAGCUGGAUCCCAUCCUGGUUGAACCGGAAGUCACAUCAGUCACUCGGCGGCUCGAACUCCGCUCGCUGAACAAGGGCCGCCUCCACCUUCGAUGGGAGAGGGACUGCGCCGUCCUUAGUGACUCUGUGUCCCAGGAAAUCUAUGGUGGAGCGACCAAACUGGCACUUGGCAGGGUUUACAAUCAGGCCAUGUUGGUUGAGCCGCUUGAAAAGUGUUGGGAGGUGGAGCUAUCCCAGCGCCUGCAGGUGAUUCUCCAGGCCUUGAAGGUGAAGGAGGCGUCUCUGAGAAGCCUGCCGCCUCAGCUGCGCCUCCCGGUGGCCGUCACCUGCUUCUGGCUGCAGAACGCUGAGCCGGCUCCAGACGAGACGCUGCUGAAGUCGCUGCUGCUGGGGCUGAGUGACGGAGACGCCCUGAGACACGCAGCAGUGCUGCAGCCUGAAAAUCCACAUCAGGAACCGAAGCUGGACCUGGACGUGGCGCACGCCCUCAACCAGUGGCAGAUGUGCCUGAAGGACAGCGUCGGGCUGAACCGCCUGCUGAGCUGCCCGCUCCCCGACCAGCACAUCGCACGGUUGUAUGAGGGGACGCUGGUCCACCGGCUGGUCCACAGGAUGAGGACGAUUGGAGGCCUGAGGGACUUUCUGAAGAAGGAUCUGUACCAAUCCAUGCUGUCUGUCGUCCAGCGCUCUCAGGAAGCGUUGAGGAAGACCGAGGAGAGAAGAACGGCUCUGAGGUGGAAGCCUCUGGACAACCUGCAGCAGCUGUCCGUCCAGUAUGAAGACCAGCAGGCAGAGAUGAAGAGCUUCAUCAGAGCACAGGACGAUCCGUCUCUGGACUAUCUGUCUCCUGACGAUCCGUCUCUGGACCAUCUGUCUCCUGACGAUCCGUCUCUGGACCAUGUGCUGAUGCUGAAAACUCGAUUCAAAACCAAAGAGAGAAACAACCGGUGCAAAAACCCAGAAUUGAACCGUAAAGAGGAGUCGAGGGGGGGGGGCCUCCUCUGACGUUAUCAACCACGAGUUACCGUCCGACACCAGAGAUUAGAAAAAAUGGUUUUGUAUAAAGCUACAGAAAAACAGGAGAGGCAAAGAUCAGGGGUUAAAAACUAUCUAUAAUCUAUUACAUCCAUACAGACGAUGAACGACUGCAAAUAAAGAUGGACGACACAAUGCUGCCAUCUUGUGGAAACAUCAGAAACAUGAACACGUGAACAAACAUCAGUGAGAUAAGAACUACGUGAUAGGACAGAAACCAUCUACCGUCUACUUUUUGAGUUUGGUUCAUGUCCCAUCUGGUAACAUGGAGAAGGUUAUUGACCUGUACUGCAGCCAGCCACCAGGGGGCGGUUGAGAGGAUUUGGCUUCAGUUUUGUGAGCCGUCAUGUCGUCCAUCUUUGUUUACUCGGUCAGUGACGGACGCAUGACCCCAUGUUUGUGUCCGUCAUGUUUUCUGGAGCAACAUAAAUGAUCAUGUUACUUUUCUUAAGUCUGCGUCUCCGACGUUCGGACACAAACCAAAACUCCAUCCAGCAGUUUAACACUGACAGUGGUGGGAAGCAACUAAAGGCCGGCGCAUACUUCUGCGUUUUCAGAAACACGCAAGGACACGCAAGCACAAGAGCCCCUUGCAUGUCUUUGCGUGUCCCUUCUUGUGUGCGUCACCCAAUUUUUUUUAACUAUAGGACAAAGCUACGCAAGCCUCACGCAGCCCGCAAGGCUGUGAUUGGUCUGCUAACUACAUCCUUUCCGGUGUCACAUUUCAGAUUUCAUGCCGAAUUAUACCAGCAGAAGCCAAGGAAGUUUUAGAAGAACGAAUAUGGACCAAAUAGACGAGCGUUUGACAGAAGAGAUCUGAAAGUAUGACCACUUGUUUAACCCGUCAUUGACGGAAUACAAGGAGCUGCAGAUGGCCUGCAGCUCCUGGAAGGAGAUCUCGGCUAACAUCGGUUUGAAGGUCGACGACGACUGCCACACACAAACGUCUCUAAGGUCGUCUUCGACAAGAAACGUUACUCCACCUAGUGUUCUGGAGGUGAAUUGCUUUGCAGCACGCGCAACCCUUGGAGAACCAUAAAUUAAAACAACUGCGUGAAAAGCUGCAGCCGCAGUUGCAGAACCAUGCGCCGGCCUUUAGUACAAAUACUUUAUUACUGUAAAGAAGUACAAAUACUUUGUUACUGUGCUUUAGUAGAUUUUUCACGUAUGUUUGAUCAGCAUCUGGGGUUCAAAUUUGUCAAAUUAUACAGUAUAUAUAUAUUUUGUUUUAAUUUUGAAAUAACUGCCUGAAGAGAACAAAUGUUGGUUGUUUUGUGUCUGUAUAGUCUUUAAAAAGUACUUAACAUUUUUUAUUUUGGUACUUGUACUUUUAUUUUGGAUACUUGUGUACAUUUAAGAUGAGCGACUUUUUACCGGACUCACUUUCAGGGUAGAUAUCUGUACUUUUACUCAAGUAUGACUUUCAAGUACUUUAUACACCACUCAUUAAAAACCUAAGUGAUAAUAAUAAGAGUGUGAUUUGAUGUUUGUCUUCAGUCGAGUUCUGAUCUGGAAACAUUUCAUUUCUUCUUCCUCUGUUGUUCAUCCUGA